AUGUUGGCAAAGCUCACUGUGAUGGCUCUGGUGGUGCUGGGCGCCGCCGGGUUCGACUUGGUGCCGGAGGAGACGGCGCCCCGCCGGGCGCGCUUCUCCAACAACAGCCCGUCGGACGUCGCCAAGUGUUUAAACGGCGCCGUGGCCGUGGGCUGCGGAGUGUUCGCGUGUCUGGAGAACUCCACCUGCGACACCGACGGCAUGCACGACAUCUGCCAGCUCUUCCUGCACACCGCGGCCACCUUCAACACCCAGGGUAAAACGUUCGUGAAGGAAAGCCUGCGCUGCAUUGCCCAGGGAGUCACCUCGAAAGUCUUCCAGACCAUAAGGCGCUGCAACGUCUUCCAGAGGAUGAUCGCUGAGGUCCAGGAAGAGUGUUACAGCAGCCUGGAUAUCUGCACCGUGGCUCGCACCAACCCUGACGCCAUAGGAGAGGUGGUGCAGGUGCCGGCUCACUUCCCUAACAGGUACUACAGCACGCUGCUGCAGUCUCUGCUGGCCUGUGACGAGCAGACGGUGGCGGCCGUCAGGGCUGGCCUGAUCUCCAGGCUGGGCCCAGACCUGGAGACCUUCUUUCAGCUCCUUCAGAACAAGCCGUGUGUUACCGACUCCAACGCUGCGGCGCACGACAACCCUGCCAGCUGGAGGAACAUGCCGGUCUUCAACAUCCAGCCCAGCUUCAGAGGCAGAGACCCCACACACUUGUUUGCCAGAAAGCGAUCUGUUGAUGACAAGGAGAAAGAGUAUGAGGGGCAGAAGUAG